AUGAAUCUGAUUUAUUUAUUAUUAUUUGUUGCUUUACUAAAAACUCCUUGUGUUUAGAAAUGCAGCUAAAAAAUAGAUUCCCUAACAGUUUAUGCUACAAAAGAUGAAUAAUUGAAUUGGAAUUUGAUAGAUGAAUUGUUUAAUGGAGUAGGAUUAACAUUCUCUUUAAGUGAUACUCAAUAGAACUAAUUUAAGAUAGUUGAUCCAGUUGAGAAUACAGGUGGUUCAGCUUUAUAUUCUUAGGGUAUUUAUAAAUUAAUAAAUAUUAUUAGCUGCUGAAAAGAUUAUAUCAUCAAAAGCAUUAAAAUCUAAUAAAUAUUGGGUGAAUUAAUUUGUGUUUUUAAAUAAGGGAACGACAUCAAUAACAUUGGGAAUAGCAAUAGGGUAUAAGAAAUAAUUAAUAAAAUAGAGAAGCAGGUUAAAAUGUAAUAGCUCCAAAAUUUGAUAAGUUUAUAACUUUAAAUUAGAUUGAAGAUAAUUUAGAUUGUUAUGAUAUAGAAUAUAUAUUUGAUAAAACAUUUAUAGUAGAUUGUUCAAAAAUAGUUGGGAAUACAAUAAAAAAUGUAUUAUAUUAUGUGAAUGAUGGAGAUUCAUAUGAAUAUUUGAUAGAAGAAGCAUUAGUAUAAGCAAAACAUGGUCGUUUAUUAGGCUAAUACAAAGUUAAGGGAUAAGGUGGAAAGGAAUAUAGAUAUUUAGUGAGGGCAACUCCAUCAUAUUCAGUGUCACAAGAUGGAUCUAUAAGUGGAGAUUCUUUAUUGGAAGUGUUUUUAUUGAAUAAUAAGGGUUAACCAUCUAAUACAGGAUAUAUUUUAGAUGGAUUAACUAUGUCUUUGUUGUUAAAUAAAUAAUAUGAUUUUGAAUUUAAUAUAGUUGAUAUGAAGGUGUUGGAGAAUGGAGAUAUAUAUUUAUUGGAUGCAUAAUAUGGUAUAUAUGUAGUAAAUUACAUUCCCAAUGGAGCAUUCUAAUUAAAGAAGUUUAUUGAUACUGGAAUGGGAUUUGCUUAUGCAUUUGAUAGAAACAUCUUUUUGAGAAGGGAUGGAACAUAUAGUGAAAAUAUUGCUGUAUUAGGAUAUGGUUUUGUUGAAUUAAUUGUAAAUGGUGAAUUGAAAUCAGAAUAUAAAUUGCCUAAUGGUAUUCAUUAUACAUUCCCAGCAAAUAUUGAUUUAUCAUAAGAAUUCAUAGUUGUUAGACAUGAUGAUGCAACUUAUCUUUUUGAUAUAGAUGCUAAAUCAAAGGAUUUAUUACAAUUACAAGUGAUACCAUAAACUAAUUAUGUUAUGAUUAAUCCAUUCUUACCUGAUAUGAUAGUAUUGACUUUGGAUAAAGCUUAUAGAUAUACAUUAUCUUAAGGAUAUUUAUAAUAUAAUGGUUCUGAUGAUGUCUAAGAAAAGAAGAUGAUUGAAAUAAUUGCAACAAGUAUUGAUUAAAUUUGUAAAAUUCAACUUACAUAUUAAAUAAUUGAAAGUGAUGAUAAAUAACUAUAUAAAUAUAGUGAUACUCUCACUCCAUUUCCAAAUUAAAUAACAGAAGAUACCGAACCAUUCUAAUUAAAUGUACUAACAAGUGGUCCAAAUGAAUAAUACAAAUAAAUUGUAGAAUUCAAAGAUGAUGCUACUGCUGUUAAAGUUUCCUUGAAAACUUAUUGGGAAUUGAAAUUCCCUUAAGAAUUAUAAAAAGAUCUAUUAUUCCAUGAUGUUUUAGUUGGUAUACAACCAUCAUAUUUCUUUUUGGCUUAAUAAAAUAAAGAUGGGAAAUUAACUAUUCUUAAAGCUACUCAUAAUUCUAUUUUCAAUGGUGAUGCUACUUAUGAGAAAAUCUUUGAUAAUAUAAGUAUUGGUAUUAAAUUAACUAAAUCAACAUUUUAAAUGUGGGAAUGUGAAUAUCCCAAAUUUCAUUUUGCUUAUGUAGAAAAUAAAUCAGUUAAUCUUAAAGUAUACUCUGAUAAUUAAGUCAAAGAUAUUAAAACAAUCCCAUUUGAAAAUGGUAUUAGCAUAUUAUUCUUAAAGAAUUAUCUGUUUCUACUUUAGAAUGAAAAUGUUCAUGCUUAUACAGAACAUGGUGAAUUUGUUAAGUCUAUUGAUUUAGAUUUAUUAGUAGAAUAAGGUUAUAAAGGAAGAUGGACACCUAAGAAGAUAUUUGGUAAUAGAAAAUUAAGAGAGAAUCUUAUAUUUGUUGUUCAUUAAGAUCAUAUAACUAUAUUAGAUUUCCAUACAUCAUAUACUUUCAUUAAAUAAAUUGAUAUAGAUGAAUCUGAUAAUAUAGAAAUAGCUAUUGGUGCUGAAACAUUCUUCAUAAUAACUAAUGAGAUUAUAGAAUAUAAUUUUGAUAGAUUGAACAAUAUUUAUAAGACUAAAGUAGUUUAAUUAUAUGAUUUUGAAUUAGUAUAACCUAUUUUAGGUGAUUUCUGUUCAGACACAGGUUAUCUCUUUAUUAAUGCUAAAACAAAAACGUAAUUAAUUAAUGAAGAUAAUAAUAAGUAUCAUAUCUUGGUUAUUCAACCUAAUACACUUUAACAUGAAGCAUUAUUCUAAGCUUUACCUAUUGAAGAUCCAUAAUUAAUAUCAACAUAAGGUACUUCAUCUCAAAUGUAUGUCUAUCUUCAAACUAAGACUUCUACAUAUGUUUAUUCUAUGUUGACUAAUCCUAUAUUAAUUAUUGAACCUUCUAUCAAUGAUCCAUAAUUUUCUGCUUCAGUAAAUGUUUCUCUUAUGAUCUAUAACUUUGAAGAUACACCUUCCAUCAGUAUCAAAUAACCUAUAACAGUUAUCAAUACAUAAACAAAAAUAUAUAUUGAUAACACUAAAUUCAAAGCUAAUUCAAUUGAAAUAGAUUCUAAGGAUUAUGUUAAAAAAGAAAAGAAAUUAGGAAAUGAUUGGUAUAGUGGUUAGAUCUCUGAAUUUUAAAUCAUCUGUGAAUAAUGUAAUAAAGGAAAGAAUGGAAUUUCAAUAACAUAAACAGUUGAAUAAUCAAAUUUUUCAAUUUUCAAACCAUAUAAAAUAAGAUCAAUCAAUAAUAACCUAGCAUAAGCUAUUGAUGCAUUAAUUUUCUUUAAUGAUGAUGAUACUUUACAAGAAAUUGUUCCAUUAGAUGUUAUUUCUAAAAAUUAUUAAUGUUUUUAAUCAACCUAAUUAGAAUAUUAUAUCCUAAGUUUAUGUCAUGAUGGAAAUCAAUACACUAUUUAUGCAACCAGUGGUAUUAGUUAGACAGGAUGGUUUCCUUUAGGUGAAGUACUUAAAUUAAAUAAACAUACCAAAAAAAUUGAAUUACUUUAAAAUGAUUAUCUAAUUAUUUUGGAUAAUGAAUCAUUUAUUAUUUCUAAAAUUAAUAUGGAGGAUCAAGAAAAUUGGAUUUUAGAUGAAGAAUACAUAAUCAAUUUAAAUCACAUUCAAACUAAAUAUGAAGACCUAUUAACAUUCACUCCUAAUGAUUUCCUUAUAACACCAGUUAAUAAAGUUGAUGGUAUUCAAUAUUACAAAGUACUUAUUACAAGUGGAGAAGGUAUCUUCUUUUUAGAUUAUUAUUUUAAAAAUUAAUAAUAAUUAAUGACAAUUAAUUUAGAAUAUGUUAAUUUAACAAAAGAAUUAUAAAAAAUAUAACAAUAUGCCAUAAGUUCUACUUAAUAUUUGUUAAUCAAAGAAUUAAAAUCAUUUGAAUUAAAUACAUUAAAUGUUUUCAUUUAAACAAGCAAUGUAGUUCAUUAUGGUUUGAAGAUUAAAUUGGCUAUAAAGGAAGGAUAAUCGUAUUUAAUUUAUUAAAGUUUAGAAAGUCAAUUCUUAUUGAAUAGGUAUGGUAAUUGGAAUACUGUUGGAAAUGUAGCUGUGUCUAAGAGUCAUGCUGCUAUUCCUUAUUAAAAUUAAGAUAAGAUUGUAAUAGCAAUUUAUCCAAUCAAUGAAUCAAAUAAACCAACUACAGCAAUUGGUAGUUUCAGUUUUACAGAAGAUGCUUCAACAUUUAACCCAUUAAAUUUUGGAUUAUUCUUUAGAAAUGAAAAACUCUAUUCUAAUUCACCAUCUAGUGAUACAUAAUAAUAUUAAAUAAAUUCAGAACCUUAAUUAACAUUCAUUUAAACAACUGAUAAUCCACUAAAAUCAGAAAAAAUAGUCAUCAAAGUUAGAAAUGAUUUCAGUUAUUCUUAGAUUGAUUUUGAAUUGAAUAUUAUUGUGAAUCCAGAUCCUCCUAAUCCUGACCCUCCUAAUCCUUAACCUGAAGAAAGGUAUAAUUUUUAUAUAUAUUUAUAAUAGUUCAAAAUUAUGGUGGAUUAUUUUGAUAAUAGUGGGUGGAUUAUUAUUAUUAGGAGGAAUUGGAUUUGUUACUUAUCGUAUGAAAAAUAAGGCAGUUGAAGUUGAUUAUAAUAUCAUAGCUUGA